AUGUCUUUCUUGGAACUUCCCCUAGAGCUUCGUCUCAUUAUCUACGAACAUGCAGCGGUCGAGGGGGCAGCCGUGACGAUUGGAGUUUGCGAGCUGACGGGCAAGGGUGCUGACAUUGUUCACCGAGUCUAUGGCGAUGAACGCGCUCCUCUGCCAGGCCUCCCACCGAACCACGAGCCCGCCGUCAUAUCAACCUACUCAUCGCGUCUCCUCUCCGUCUCAGAUCCUGCCCGCGUCGAUGCGUCCUCAGCAUCAAGUCCAGCUUUACAUCAUUCAACCUUGUCUUCGCUCCUACUGCUGAAUCACCAAACCAAUGCCGAGUUGAGCACUCACUUCCGACCAAAGAACAACAAAGACACCAGUCUCUUCGUACAAUACCCACUUGGUCUGCACGUCUUCAAGACAAAAUGUCCCGACUUGAUACAGCACGCUCGUAGCAUCCAUAUCGCCGGCAGCUGCCCCAAGCCCACAUCCCAGUCAGACCUCGAUCACUUGGAUCAGCUGGCAGGUCUCGUGUCUACAACUCUGGCCAAGUCCCCACGGUUCCCCAUCGAAAAGCUCGAAGCUCGCAUCUAUUUCCCAGGCGAGAAUUCAUAUCCCCGCGUGUGGGACGACUCCAGUCCUGCUUCUGUCAUCUUGCGCAACGUCUGCGGAGGUUUCAUCGACAUGGAGGUCGCAAGAGGAAGACACGGCACUGGCGUCUACGUCUCAGUACGAUCCCACCCGGACAACAAGAGGGUCAUAUCCACAGUCUGGAGGAGGCUGGUUGAGGGAGACCAUGGUCAGCCCAGCUGUGGUGACUGGGCUGUCGACAAGCAGUGGCCUGAGUGGAACUCUGAGUUUACGCCCUCAUCACCCUUGCCCUGA